UAUAAUAUCGGAUGCUGGUUCUCUCAACUGGAAUGUGUACGCCACCUUUGAGUAUAAUCUGAUGGUGGUUCUCUCAACUGGGAUGUGUACGACACCUUUGAGUAUGAGCUAUAUACAUUUGAUGGUAAGUUUUUUUCACGCGACACUUGUAGCGGUCGGUGGGAUCAAGUUGACUGGAAACAUUGUUUACACACUGCACGUACAGCGAUGUCAUUCACUCGCCAAUGAUAUUAUCGAUGUUGGCAUACUUUUGAUUGACAUGUAUUCUAAUAUAAAAAAAUCUUCAGAAUCUAUGCGCCAUGUGUGCGGUCAGAAAGAAUGUCGCGUAAACAUGCCAAUAGAAUUGGCUCAUAAAGGUGUGACAUUUUUGUGUGGCGCCGGUUGAAGCCGGUGUAGUCUACUGUGUAGCUUGACUAGAGGGCCUAUCAGAGUACCAAACGUGCACAGCAGUGUUCAUACUUUAUGAAUUCUCAGGGCAGCUCAAGCAAUUUUUCCAAUUGUCAACACAUUCAAAUGAAUAGAGGAUGCGUUGGUUUGGAAUUGUGCGGAAGUGCGUGUUCGGGCUGUAGGCUACGUUACCCGCUGAUGGUGGUCUCAGAGCCGCAUACUUAUGUCACAAUGGGAUGGCGGACUAACGAGUAAAUCAUAGUUCAUAGACCCUGAGAUGCGAUAGUUGUGACAUAGGUACGUGGCUCUGAGACCACCAUACACGGGGAACGCACAGCCUGAAUGCACAACUCCCAACCAACCAGGUAGCCUACAGGUAGCCUACAUGUCCGCUAUUAAUUUAAAUGUUCGAUACAUUUUUUUUAAAAUAGAAGAAUCUAUAAGAUCUAAAAUACUUAUUGUAAUUUCUGCUUGGCAUCAGACAUAUUUUGUGCUUCAGUUGCACUUCUCCACUUGGAUGAUAAUUCAUGAACAGGUAUUCUAUUAGCAGACAGAGCUCUGACUGAUGUGUAGCUACACUGAACAAAAAUAUACAAGCAACAUGUAAAGUGUUGGUUUCAUGAGCUGAAAUAGGCCCCAGAAAUGUUUCAUAUGCACAAAAAGUUUAUUUAGCUCAAAUUUUGUGAUACAUUUGUUUACGUCCCUGUUAGUGAGCAUUUCAUCCCUGUUAGUGAUAAUCCAUCCACCUGACAGGUGUAGGAAUGUCCACCAGAGCUGUUGCCAGAGAAUUUGUUAAUGUCUCUACCAUAAGCCACCUCCAAUGUUGUUUUAGAGUAUUUGGCAGUGCGUCCAACCGGCCUCAACCGCAGACCACGUGUAACCACACCAGCCCAGGACCUCCACAUCUCUGAGGGGGGGGUGCUGAGCAGUAUUUCUGUCUGUAAUAAAGCCCUUUUGUGGGGAAAAACUAAUUUGCAUUGGUUGGGCCUGGCUCCCCAGUGUGUGGGCAUAUGUCUUCCAAGGGUGCACCCCUGCCCAGUCAUGUGAAAUCCAUAGAUUAGGGCCUAAUGAAUUUAUUUCAAUUGACUGAUUUCCUUAAAUGAACUGUAACUCAGUAAAAUGUUUGAAAUUGUUGCAUGUUGCGUAUAUGUUUUGUUCAGUAUACUUUUGUCCGGUGCUUUUCUCGGUGUAGCCUAUUUUUCUCAGGUAAAAUGCAAGAUUAACUUCAAGCAAAACAUUAGGAAACAUAGCUGGCUACACUCUUUCUAUGAUAAACCUGGAAUAGUAUAACAGUAAUCCUUCUACUUACUUCCCCUCCCCCACCCCCCAUAAAAAAAAGAAAGGAGUGGUUGUCCCACUGGCUAUCCUAAGUUGAAUGCACCAAUUUGUAAAUUACUUAAAUGUAAAUGAUAAACAUUAGAAAUAUGAUGACCAUACAUCGUUUUAGCAAAAAAUACCUUUCUAUUUCAUUGUAAGCAAUAUAAAAUGCAGUUGAAAUGGUUUAAAACGCAGAUUUUUUGAUGGUCUGUGUUUUGAAAAUGCAGAUUUCUGAACUCUAAAGCAACUCCUGGAAUUAGAAAAGUAGGAACACCAAUGGUCCAAUAUUCUAGAACACUGCUGUGCAUACUCAUACACGGUUGUUACUCUGAUAUACCCUUAAUGUUGUGCAGUUAAUGUACCCCAUGCUUUCUAAAAAAAAAAUAAACAAUGAGGUGCCGGUUCCAUACAGUAGUCUAGGCCUAUAUUUCUAUUUCCCAGCUGUGCACCUGUUGAAAAAACGGCAACAACAUGCCAUUUGAUUAGAGUUGAAAUGAAAGGAUAUAUUUUUACAGGGAACAAGGUAGGAGAAUAUCUACUAUGGGGGAAACAUGUCAUCUUGUGUUCCGUGUAAAAGAGCUAACCAUUAUGAUCUACCAGUGAAAAGUGAUGAAUCUGAUUACCUACUAAAGUAGCACAGGUCCAGCUCUGGGGCCACAGCUAUCAAGUCACGGAAAUCCCAGACCUCCCAUCGGCCUAGGGAGACUAGUUAUCAAGCUUCUCAGAGUAGGAGGGAUGAUCAAGUCCCCCUGUCCAUACAAUCUUUUCAUUAUGAUCUUAAAAGGCAAAACUGUUCCUAGAUCAGCACUCCCACGCUGAGAAGUUUGAUGUAUGUAGCCUCUGGGCUACUGCUCAAGUAAAUGUGUUUAAAGUUCAAGAUGUUUGCAUAAGUUGUUAUAUUGUGCUAUAGGAGGUUGUAUAUCUCACACUAUCAUGUGUGUUAUUGUCACAAAACAAAAUGUUGGUAUCUGAGUCAAGUUAUGAAGCGUUCAUGGUAGGAGUAUGUUUCCACUAUAUGACAUUGAUCCUAUUUACUUAUUUAUGAAGGAUUUAAAUCAGUUGAGGUUGUACUCAAGAUUACUUAUGUUAAUUAGCCUUAAUGCCUGUUAGGCAGUUUUAAUCAAAUGUAGGCCUAUAUCGUUUUCGUAUUUUAUUAGGAUCCCCAUUAGCAGCUAAAGCAGCAGCUACGGCAAGGUGAAAAAAUCUGCAUUUCAGUUGAAUGCAUUCAGUUGUGCAACUGACUAGAUAGCCCCUUUCCUCUUCCUGGGAUCCAAACAGAGAUAAAACAUUAGAUAAUACAUUACAUGAAUAGAGAAGUAGGCCUACAUCACAAGGAUAUAACUACAUACAUUGAAAAUAAAUAAAGAAUAAACACUUUCAUACAUUUAUGCCUUAAAGGCCCAGUGCAGUCAAAAACGUGAUUUUCCUGUGUUUUAUAUACACUAACUAUACCAAACAUGAGUCACAUCUUCCUAAUAUUGAGUUGCCCCCCCUCCCCCUAUUGCCCUCAGAACAGCCUCAAUUCAUCGGGGCAUGGACUCUACAAUGUGGCGAAAGCAUUCCAUAGAGAUGCUGGCCCAUGUUGACUCCAAUGCUUCCCACAGUUGUGUCAAUUUGGCUGGAUGUCCUUUGGGUGGUGGAACAUUCUUGAUACACACAGGAAACUGUUGAGUGUGAUAAACCCAGCAGCGUUGCAGUUCUUGACAUACUCAAACUGGUGUGCCUGGCACCUACUUCCAUACCCCGUUCAAAGGCAUUUAAAUCUUUUGUCUUGCCCAUUCACCCUCUGAAUGGCACACAUACACAAUCCAUGUCUCAAGGCUUAGAAAUCCUUCUUUAACCUGUCUCCUCCCCUUCAUCUACACUGAUUGAAGUGACAUCAAUAAGGUAUCAUAGCUUUCACCAGGAUUCACCUGGUCAGUCUGUCAUGGAAAGAGUAACAUGUAAGUACGUUCUCCUGGAAACACUGACCAACACUUUGGUUCCUGCCAUGUCAAUAAUUCCUCCCUGGCUUAUUCAUUCGUUGUCAUGUCAAACAACAAUGUAUUCAAGGUGCUGCUCACUAUAUUCCAACUAUAGAAUUAGAAUAAUCAUUAUAUUUCUAUGAUUCCAACAGUUCACCAAUUAGCUAGGCUUAGAUUUCUUUCCCAUACCAUGCUAGUGGCACCAUGUGGAAAUUAUAAUUAAAGUGCAGAAAAUGCAGAAGUUUAUGAAAAUGCAGAAAAUUAUCUUUGUUUGGAGUUGGAUUGAACAGUAUAAAUGGAGAAAGCCCCAUUUAAAAUCACUUAUAAUUUAUGUGUUGCCACCCUUGUGUCAUGAACUACUCUUAAAGCAUAUUUAGAACUUUUAUUAUCCAAAAAUAUAAAACACCGUCAAAUACCACCAGACCGUCAAAAAUAUCGUGAUAUGAUAUUUUGUCCAUAUCGCCCAUCCCUACUAUGAAGUUGGAAUAACACUGUGAAAUUGUGAUAAUGAUGAUAAUGCCCUUUUAGUGUAAGAGAUGUUUGAAAAGACUGCCUGAAAUGUCAUCCUGUUUUGGUGGGAUGGCGUUUUGGCCUUCCUUGGUGACAUCACCAGGCGGUAAAAUAGUUAGUAGAUAAAUAAGAAAUGCCGUUCCAAACCUCUCUGCCAAUAACAGCUAAUUUUCAGUUUCCCACUAACCACUUAGACCACUCCCAGACCGUCCUAGCUAAAUUCUUGCUUGAGAAAUUGCCCUUUGCUAAGAAGCUAUUUUUGUUUAUUUUUGGCCAUUUCAAUUGAAAACAGUCACAGUAAGGUACUUUAUUGUUACCCAGAAAUGGUUUGAUAUUAGGAUUUUAAAAACAUCUGCAUUGGACCUUUACCAUUCCAUGCAUUAAAUACUCGUAAUCAUCAUCAAUGUUGCCAGCUACACUGCAGACACUAGUUUCUUCUCAUACAUUGUAAUUCUUUGCUCUACUGCUACAAUUGCUUUGUCUAAACAGGCCCUGAUAUCCUCAUCUCACAGCACCGAUGUUCUGUAAACACCAGAGAGAAUCCCACAACAUCAGAAAGUCUGAAAGUUUCACACGAUACAAUAACCAUCCGUGUCCUCGGUACCUCCGUCUGACCUCAAUACUAUGAACAUUCAAGUCUAGCGACCCUCAACUUUGCACAAAGACACUGACAGGAACAUGCGUUUUCCAGAAAGGGAACAUGCUGACAUUAAUAUGCAUACACUUUUGAUCAGUCAUACACCCAUGUACAGUCACACUCUUAUUCCGCCACACACCUACACUUGACCAUUCAGAGCCGCAUGGGCUUCACAUAACAUCCUUUGCCCAACUCAUAUAAAAUGAGUUAAAACCUAUGGAGUUUUACCUCAGCUAGACUCCCACUGUUCUCAUGAGAUGAACAGAGUAAUAUGCCAUACGGACUCUGUGUAUGAAGCUGCGUUUACACAGGCAGCCCAAUUCUGAUCUUUUGCCCAAUUAUUUGGGUGCCUUUAAAUGCAGCCUAAAAUACCCACAUUCACAAUGACUGGCAACUUGCUGAUGUCUCAUUUUCUACACAUCACAUUAAAUGGCCUAUUAGUAGUUAACCAUGUCUGAAUAUUUUAAGUGGGGGAGAUUUAUGAUCCAUCUCCACUAUUGCCAGUGAUGGAAAUCCCCAUUUAUUGCUUCCCUCUUCCGCAGUAGCUGAACUUUGUAGUUGUUUUGCUAGAGUCAGUGGUGUGAUCAGGAAUGUAAUUAUAUUGGUCCUGUUAUCAAACUGAAGUGUUGCAAACUAUGAUAUCAUUCGAACAAGGAGCUCUGUAUGUACAAAAGCUAGGAAAUUGCUUCGCAAACAAGGUUUGGAUGAUCUCAAAUACAUUCUGGGAUUGUGAUAUUGCCCUUCCCUGGUUAGUCAUUAAUAUGGAACCUAGAGGUAUUCCCGAUUUUUAUUUAUUUAUUGUAAAGUCAAUAAUGUCAUUGUACUGUGUACUCUACGCUGUUUCCUGUGCAUAUGACCCCCAAAAAAGUUUGAUUUGAUAAUGCCAUAUUGUGAGGAAAGAAAUAACUAGUUUUACAAUGCUGAUUCACUAACCCACUUUGAUUACACUUUGCUUAGAUGUUAUGGGUGUCUAAAGGAAGCAAGGGGACAACUGGAUGACAGUAUGUUUUUAGUACAAGUUGCUCAUCAUCUUUAUCUAAGGUUGUCCUCAUAAUCUGGGCCCUCAACCCCAUGGCGGCAGCUCAAUCUGGCCUUGAGUUGGCACAGACAGGAGGCAGCGUCAGGAACAGGAGACAGCGGGACAUCUCAUGCCGGGAAAACUUGGAGUACCCACAUGACAACAUCUGCUGUUUGAACUGCCCAGCUGGUGAGCCAAAUGGAGAUUUGAGAUCCACAGUGUAUGCAUCCGAAAUGGUAGCCUAUGCUAUUCCCUAUAUAGUGCACUACCUUUGACCAGAGCCCUACGGGGAAUAGGUAGUGCACUAUAUAGGGAAUAGGGUGCUAUUUGGACGUAGCCAGUGUGUCACAAGCUGAAAUCUAUCAUGGGAACUACUGAAGCAAGUUUGACCUUGUAAUGACUACAGUAAUGAAUAUUCAGCUGACCGUCAAGUGUCUGCUUAAUGUACAGGUAGACAACUGUUUGGACAGCCUAGUAACUGUGUUGUUUCUCUAUGGCCUCAGGUAAAUAUGUCAAAGUGUCGUGCACGGUUGCCUUGGAGAAAGGAACAUGUGAGGACUGUGACUUCGACACAUACACUGAACAUGACAACGGACUGCAACAGUGCUUAAAGUGCACUAAGUGUCGCUCAGGUAAAUUCUGUUUGACGAUGAAGUUAUGCCUUUUCAAACUUAAUAAAUGCCAUUGAAAUGAAUGACAAAACAGAUCCUACAUCAGCAGUUCUACUCUGUGAUGCAGGCCCUGAUCUUUUUGUGUUUUCAACAUGGCAAACUCUGUGUUCCUCUCACAGAUCAGGUGACCACAAAGACAUGCACCAUCACUCAGAACACAGAGUGCCAGUGUAAACCAGGGUAUUUCUGUGCCCCUGACCAAGCCUGCGAGGUGUGCAAAAAGUGCUCAAGGUACAUCCAUAGAAUAUUUGAGCAGACUCGCUGAUACUUGACAAACAAACUUCCAUUUAUACUUCAUUCGAUUAUCAUUAAACAUUACAAAAUGAAGAAUGUUCACCUUACACAUUACAUCUCUUUUCAAAAUAUUUAAUCAAAAUCCAUUAAAAAUAUCUAUUUUUGUUGAAACCCUCCUCUUCUCCCAGAUGUAAAGACAAUGAGGUGAGGGUGAAGAACUGCACCACUACGUCCAACACGGUCUGUAAGACCAGAAUGCCCACAUCCAGCACCAUCUCAGGUAAAACUCCAGGCCCAGGUACAGCAUACAUCACCUUGCUGCAUGCUCUGUUGUGUCGUUAUUUUUGUAAAUGUUAUUAAUGUUGCAUGUAUUUGGCAAUUGACUAUUUCUGAAUAUAAAGACGCAAUCCGGGAUUCAAACAACAACCACUAAUUUGGUAAACAGCAGAGGGAUAGAGUUGUGACAUUAAACAUAAUUUUCUCUCUAUUGAAACAGCAGCUGUUAUUGUGAUUGUGGUGGCAGUACUUAGUAUCACUGCUGCAAUUGCCGGUGUCUAUUGGAAGAGGCGAAAGCACUCUAAAAGGACAGGUAAAGUCACUUUAUAUAAAAUAAAUACCUUUGCUUUCAAUAGUGAAGGCUCAGGGUGUGUGCCCUGGUCAAAUUAGUGCACUAUAAAUAACAUAGGGAGCCAUCCAGAGGGCACAUAGCCUCAAAGCUAUCAACAGAACAGUCAAUAUUGUACCUGGAAGUAAAGUGCCGUGUCUGAGUCACAUUUCCUCUGUUCCAGACUCCCAGAAUAAUCCCAGUGAGACGUUGGAGGUUGUGGUGGUGAGUCAGUCAGUCUCAUAAAAAUGUUAUUUUCACAUUCACAGUGUCACUCAAUCAGCACUACUUAUCGGAUUUGAUUAAUUCUGAUACAGUGACUGAGGGAUGAGCUGAUACAAUGACACACCUUUAGUGAGAACAUGGCAAACAGCACAGUUGAACAGCAACAUUUUUGCCUCAUUAGACAACAUGUAAUUUUUCAUAUUUUGCAGGAUGAUCAAAACAACAGGUCAAUUGAGGAGAGACAGAACAACCAGAAUGCUGUGCUGGAUGACACACAGCUACACCCCUUGCUGGAGCAGACCCAGGCGGUGGGUGCCAAAGCCUCCUCAGCCACUGAGGAUGAGGACAAUGGACUGGGCGACAGCCUCCCCAACACCACCAACUCCUCCCAGGCCAGUCUGUCUGCACUACCCUCAACCCCCCUCCCCAGAUCCUCCCCGCUUCCCAGCCCUUCGGCCAAGAGGCAGCCCGGCACUGUGGCUAGGGUGAGAGCAGCAGCUCAGGGCAUUCUAAUGCUAACUUACCUUCCCCUGUCUUCCCUUGUCUUCCCCCAAGCUCUUUUCUAACUCAAUCCUUAUAGUUUCUUUAGCAGUCAUCUUAUUCUGGAUCUGGUCUUACUUUCUGCUCAUCUUUCUAUUCUCUGCUCCAUUUACUUACUGUUUGUUGAAAGCCACAGUUGUCUGAUGUAUGAUAGCAUUAGUACACACAAUUAAUAAUUACUCUUACGGUCGAAUGGACGCUUAGCCACCAUGUCACAUUUUGAAGUAGUGCUACUCCCUUUGCGCCAUCUUGACAAAGACUUACUAGGUCGGUCACCUGUCUUUUCUAGUGUGCAUUUUUACACUUGUUUUUGUAGAUUUGCUGAACUAUUGCUAGUGGCCAAGCCCAAGCACAUACAGUGCCUUCAGACCCUUUGACUUAUUCCACAGUUUGUUGUGUUACAGCCUGAAUUCUAAAUUGAUUAAAUCAUUUUUUCUCUCUCACCCAUCUACACACAAUACCCCAUAAUGACAAAGUGAAAACAUGUUUUUAGAAAUGUUUGCCAAUUUAUUGAAAAGGAAAUACAGAAAUAUCUCAUUUACAUGAGACACCCCUGAGUCAAUACUUUGUAGAAGCACCUUUGGCAGCGAUUACAGCUGUAAGUCUUUCUUGGUAAGUCUGUAAGAGCUUUCCACACCUGGACUUUGCAAUAUUUGGACAUUAUUAUUUUCAGAAUUCUUCAAGCUCUGUCAAAUUAGUUGUUGAUCAUUGCUAGACAACCAUUUUCAGGUCUUACCAGAGAAUUUCAAAAUUCAAAACUGUAACUCAGCCACUCAGGAACAUUCACUGUGUUCUUGGUAAGCAACUCCAGUGUAGAUUUGGCCUUGUGUUUUAGGUUAUUGUCCUGCUGAAAGGUGAAUUCAUCUCACAGUGUCUGGUGAAAAGCAGACUGAACCAGGUUUUCCUCUAGGAUUUUGCCUGUGCUUAGCUCCAUAUCUUUUUUAUCUCCCCAGUCCUUAACGAUUACAAGCAUACCCAUAACAUGAGGCAGCCACCACUAUGCUUGAAAAUAUGGAGAGUGGUACUCAGUAAUGUGUUGUAUUUGAUUUGCCCCAAACAUAACACUUUUUAUUCAGAAAAAAAAGUUAAUUGCUUUGCCACAUUUUCUGCAGUAUUACUUUAGUGCCUUGUUGCAAACAGGAUGCAUGUUUUGGAAUAUUUAUAUUCUGUACAUGUUUCCCUCUUUUCACUGUCAAUUAGGUUAGUAUUGUGGAGUAGCUACAAUGUUGUUGAUCCAUCCUCAGUUUUCGCCGAUCACAGCCAUUAAACUGUAACUGUUUUAAAGUCACUGUUGGCCUCGUGGUGAAAUCCCUGAGCGCUUUCCUUCCUCUCCGGUAACUGAGUUAGGAAGGACGCCUGUGUCUUUGUAGUGACUCUGUGUAUUGAUACACCAUCCAAAGUGUAAUUAAUAACUCCACUAUGCUCAAAGGGAUAAUCAAUGUUUGCUUUUUGUCCUUUUCUUUUUUUACCCAUCUACCAAUCGGUGGCCUUCUUUGCAAGAUGAUGGAAAACCUCCCUGGUCUUUGUGGUUGAAAUUGUGUUUGAAAUUCCCUGCUCGACUGAGGGACCUUACAGAUAAUUGUAUGGGGUACAGAGAUGGUAGUCAGUCAUUCAAAAAUCAUGUUAAACACUAUUAUUGCACACAGAGUGAGUCCAUGCAACUUAUUAUGUGAGUUGUUAAGCACUUUUUUACUCCUGAACUUAUUUAGGCUUGCCAUAACAAAGGGGUUGAAUACUUAUUGACUCAAUACAUUUCAGCUUUUCAUUUUUAGUGAAUUUGUACAAAAAUUGUUUUAAAACAUAAUUCCACUUUGACAUUAUGGGGUAUUGUGUAGGCCAGGGACAAAAAAAACUCAAUUUAAUCAGGCUGUAACACAACAAAAUGUGGAAAAAGUCAAGGGGUGUGAAGACUUUCUGAAGGCAUUGUAAAUGUGAUUUAUAGAUGCACAUGCAGGGUCGAGGGAGGGACGGAGUAAGGCAGAGACAAGAAGCCCAGAGCUGUUGUAGAGGUCCUUCCCCUACCCUCCUGCAUGACCCUCCAAGAGUCAACUUCAGAGCUAGUGCACGGGCCUCAUUAAGGAGCCUGACUUAUAACUGACAUUGUUUCUUUAUUUGUCAUUUCUUAGGAAGAUGUCCUCAUAAAACUGUCUCCUUUGAAUGGUGAGAGUAACCCUCUAUAUUUGAUGGUUUUAGACUAGUUAACAUAAAAUAAUAUGUAGCCUAAGAUUACAAUACAGUAUUGAAUGGUGGGCUUUGAUGUCAUGGUCUUGACAUGCCUUUUUGUUUUCAGGUGACGAGUCCUUGAAGAAAAGUUUUGAACUUUUUGAAGAGCUGGACGUUAACUACCAUAACAGAUUCUUCAGGCACAUUGGACUCAGUGACAAUGCUAUAAAAAGCACUGCACACCUUCAUUCUGAAGAUCGAGUCUAUGAACUGUUGAAAGUAUGGUUGGAAAAGGUGGGCAUGGAAGCUGACAUUAAUGACCUAAUCAAAGCAUUACUUUAUUUUGACCAAAGGUUAUCAGCAGAAAAUAUUAUUUCUAAAGCCAUUGAAAAUAGUUAUUAUGAAUAUGCAGAA